AUGAUAAAGUCAAUCUGGAGCUUCUGGGUCCUCUCUGUUGUUGGAGCUGCAAGUCCUUCAGCACAAGAGCUUGGUCCAUUUUGUAAUGCUUCUAAUUUCUGCAACUAUUCUUCAAAGGCUUUGGAUGCAAUUCCUUCUGGUCUAACAGAUGAUAUUACAGGACUGAACCUGGCCAGCAACUCUAUUGAACAAGUUAGCAAGAUGGAUCUGAAGUUCGCUGUCAAUCUCAGAACCCUUCUGCUCCAUUCUAAUAGAAUUCACACCAUUGAUGAUGAUGCCUUUCACUUCCUUGGAAAGCUGGAGCACUUGGAUUUAUCAAAGAACAAUCUGACUCACUUGUCACCCUCUUGGUUCAGACACCUUCCUUCCUUACACUGGUUAAACAUAAAAGGUAAUAAGUACCUUGAUCUAGGAGAAGCUCCUCUCUUUUCUAAUCUGCAAAAGCUGAAGUUUCUGUACUUGGGAAAUGAUGGUUACUUCUCUACUCUACGAAAACAAGACUUUGAAGGAAUUUCCGUUCUCGAAGAACUGGAAAUUGAGGCACAGAACCUUGGACAAUAUGAGCAAGGAAGUCUAAAAUCUAUCAAGCACAUAAAUCACAUUAUUUUAAAUGUCCGCUCCCCUGUCUCUUUAAUUCCAAUUACGCGUGAUAUUACUAAUUCUGUGGUGUGUUUUGAACUGAGAAACAUACAAUUUCUGAACAAUCCAUACCCAUCCCAAUUUGACCCAUUGGGUCCUGUGAUUGUCCAGAAAGUUAUCCUUAGAAAUGUUGCACUCUCGGAUUAUUCUAUCGGUGACAUAGCUCCCAUCCUUGCAGGUUUGAACCAACUUCAUGAGUUGGAGGUGGUGGACAGCACAUUCAGUGGUGUUGGGAGAAUGCGGGGCAUGUCUGGAUUGCACUCUGUAGGAGCCCUAGAAGUACUAACAAUCCGAAAUUUAACAAUUGAUCAAUUUUUUUCAUUUACAGAUUUUUCUGAUGUAGCACAUCUUGUAGAUAAAAUUGUCAGGCUUACAAUUGAAAAUGCAAAGGUUUAUCUGGUGCCUCCUAAUCUUUCACAAUCAUUUCAUUCUCUGGAGUAUCUAGAUUUAAGUGUUAAUCUACUACAAGACUUAACUGUGCAGUUCUCCUUUAGUGGUAAUGCCUUCCCUAAACUACAAACUUUAAAUAUUAGUAGGAAUGCUUUUUCCGAUUUAGGUGCUAUAGCAAAAAGUAUAGCUCAUCUAGUAAAUCUCACAACCUUGGAUGUGAGCUGGAACAACUUUGGUCGAAUGCCAGGAUCAUGUACAUGGCCCCAAAGUCUGAAAUUUUUAAACAUCUCUGGUUGCAAAAUUAGUAGGCUUACUACAUGUAUCCCUCAAAGCCUGGAAGUACUGGAUGUUAGCAAUAAUAACCUCAACGACUUUAGAUUGAGCUUGCCACAGCUACGGGAGCUUUACAUCAAAAAUAACAAAUUAACAACCCUACCAGAUGCUGCCUUCAUCCCUAGUGUUCGAUUCAUGGAGAUGAGAGAAAACAAACUGAUGGAUUUCUCUAAGGAGCAACUUGGAAAAUUUGCCCAACUGGAGAUGUUGGAUACCUGCCACAACAGCUUCAGAUGUUCAUGUGAAUUUCUCUCCUUUGUUCAGUCUCAGGAAGGAAUAGCCAAAGUGUUGGCUGGUUGGCCUGAAAACUACAUCUGUGACUCUCCAACCACUGCAAAAGGGAAGCAGAUUCAAGUUGCCCAGUUAUCACUAACUGAAUGUCACAGAACGUUGGUGGUGUCCCUGAUCUGCAUUUUGAUGCUGGUGAUGCUCAUGGUGGUGGCAAUUCUUUGCUAUAAGCUUCAUGCCAUCUGGUAUAUAAAAAUGACCUGGGCCUGGCUUCAAGCAAAACGCAAGCCUCGACGGGAUCACAAUAAAGAAAUCUGCUAUGAUGCUUUUGUUUCCUACAGUGAACAUGACUCUGAAUGGGUGGAGAAUGUAAUGGUACAGGAGCUGGAGCAAGCUAAUCCCCCGUUUAAACUCUGCCUUCAUAAAAGGGAUUUUAUGCCUGGCAAAUGGAUUGUGGACAACAUCAUUGACUCCAUUGAGAAGAGCUAUAAAACUCUGUUUGUGCUGUCUGAACACUUCGUACAGAGUGAAUGGUGCAAGUAUGAACUGGAUUUCUCUCAUUUCCGGCUUUUUGAUGAGAACAACGAUGCUGCUAUUUUGAUCCUUCUGGAGCCCAUUCCAGAGCAAACCGUUCCCAAAAGAUUUUGUAAGCUCAGAAAACUAAUGAACACCAAAACCUACCUUGAAUGGCCAAGAGAUGACAAGCAUCAGCCAAUAUUUUGGUUUAAUUUGAGAGCAGCACUAAAGUCAUAGGA